AUGUUGUAUUCCAUUCCAUUAUCCACAUGGUGACCGGCUGAUCCGGUUGCCACGCUCCAUUAUCUCCACCGAUUCCCAUUUCUCAUCAUCCCACAGGCAAGAACAACCGGCAGUGGCAGCAGCCAUCUCUUUCUCACUGCGGCUGCUUAAAAAUCCUGCCGCCGAACAAAACCAUGAUUUCCCUCUAUUUUCCGAUCGCCGGCGCCGGAACUUCAGCCAAAUCCCUAAUCGGAGCCAACCAUACCUCCUCCCGAUUCUGCUCCCGCUAAAUCUUCAACUCAAUUCCACUGCCCUGUCUUCUCUGUUCUUCUGUUUUCAUGUUCUUCUGAUUUCAUGGGAUCCAUGUCCGGGAAGUUCGCCUCGCUGAGGAACCUUCUGGUGCGAGUUCUUCUGUUCUCUAUUCUUAUCAUAAUCGGUCGAUUCGCCUAUAUUGUGACCAUUACUGGAGAAUCCUGUAGCAUCGGGGACUUCUGUUUCUUCUCUUUGCCGGAGAAUUUCAAUUUCAUGAUCGCCGGCGCCGGGCGCGCCGGAAAUGCGGCGUUGUUCACGGACAACGCCGAUCCUCGCGUCAUCGGGCCGCCUCGGCCGGAUCUGUACUCGAGUAAAGAUUGGAUCAAGACCGUCCAGUUUUUCUCCUCCGUUUUCCGAGAUCUGGUUACCGAGGGCUACUUAUCGCCGAAUUCGAAAUCCUUGUGCGUAGAAACCCCCGCCGGACCCGACGUUUCGGCGCUGAAGGWGAUCGGCGUAUCGGACUCGGUCGGGAUUUUCAAGAAAGCGUUGAAGCCUCUCGUGAUUAAGGGGGAGGCUCAUCGGAUUCCGUUUGGUGAUAAUACCUUUGAUUUCGUGUUCUCCGGCGGUGGCCGCCUGGAUAUUUCCCGCUGGCCUUAUGAGUUUGCUUCGGAGAUUGCUCGGAUACUGAAACCCGAAGGKUUUGCGGUGGUCCAUGUGAGUGCCAAAGAUACGUAUAGUUUCAAUUCUUUUGUUGAUUUAUUCAAUUGCUGCAAGAUAGUUAAAUCAAGAGAUAUAGAUGUUGUUCUUCCAUCGAUGCCUUUAAUUCGUGAAUAUGUACUGAAGAAAGAGUAUAGAGUUCUUGAAAAGGGGCUGCUGAAACUGGAUGGAGAUUCUCAUAAGAAGAAUUGCUCUGUUCCUGGGUAUAAGUUGGCUCUGGUUCGAAAUGCUGAGCCUCUGAUUUUGGAGGAGCCAUUGAAGCCAUGGUUAACUUUGAAGAGAAAUAUACAGAAAAUAAAGUAUUUGCCAUCAAUGGCUGAAAUAAGCUUCAAAAAUAGGUAUGUCUAUGUGGAUGUUGGAGCCAGGAGCUAUGGCUCAAGCAUAGGGAGCUGGUUCAAAAAGCAAUAUCCGAAGCAGAACAAAACCUUUGAAGUUUACGCCAUUGAAGCCGAUCGAACAUUUCACGAGCAGUAUAGAUCAAAGAAAGCAGUGACAUUGUUGCCUUAUGCUGCCUGGGUGAGGAAUGAGACGUUGGCUUUUGAAAUCAACAAAGACCCAGGUCAGGAAAAGGAAGAGAAAGGCGGCCGAGGGAUGGGCAGGAUUCAACCUGUCCAAUCAUCGGGCCAUUUCGAUGGGGAGGUGAAUCAGAUUGAGGGGUUUGAUUUCGCUAACUGGUUGAAGAACACGGUAUCGGAGAAGGAUUUCGUGGUGUUGAAGAUGGAUGUGGAAGGAACCGAGUUCGAAUUGAUUCCGAGACUGUUCGAGACGGGGGCAAUCUGUUUGAUAGAUGAGAUGUUUCUUGAAUGCCAUUACAAUAGAUGGCAGAGGUGUUGCCCUGGCCAAAGGAGUUCAAAGUAUGAGAAAACAUAUUCUCAAUGCAUAGAGCUGUUUACUUCUCUCAGGCAAAGUGGAGUUCUKGUUCAUCAAUGGUGGUAAAACAACAAACACAAACACAUUCUUUUGGAUAACAUUCUUUUAAAAUUGUAUCUCAUUUUACUUUUUUUUUCCUUCCACAAAAGAAAAAUGGUGUUGUUAACUUCAUCAUUGCCAAGAAACACAUUGUUUUGGUUAAAGAUUUAAGCUGCAAAUGUAAAAGUUGUGCUGAUUUUACACCUCUCUGCUGUUGUUGGUCUCUUAACAUUCUCUGUGUCAUCCACAUCCCUGAAACUGAAAUUCAAGAYUUUUUCUUCU